GUCGAUAUCGCUCUAGAAUUGUAUGACCUUUUUGUGUGACAAGACGUUUUACCUGAAAUGUCUGUGUCUGUGAGGCCGUUGACUCCUGCGCUGGAGGAGAAGGCGCGGAAGGAGCUGUUUGAGGACCCCAACAGGCUGCCGAGUGACCUGCAGAGCAUCAAGGACUGGUUGGCCAAGCAGCCCCAUCUGAGGGCUAGGACAGAUGACCAAUGGCUCGUCGCUUUCCUGCGUGGUUGCAAAUACAGUUUGGAAAGAACCAAAGAGAAGUUGGAUCUGUAUUACUCAGUGAGGACGACGGCACCUGAACUGUACAGGAUAAAAUACACUGAUCCUUUGUUCGAGGAGAUGCUCAGUUUGGGGGUCUUUGUAAUAAUACCUACAGCACCAGGUCCCGAUGCACCAAUAGUGUCCGUGAUCAGACCAGGAAAGUACGAUCCCAACAAGUACAACAUCACGGACAUCUUUGCAGUCACUAAUACUCUUAUGAAGAUUCUUCUGGUAGACAAUGACAACGCCAUUGUGGCAGGCGGUCGGAGCAUCCUGGAUCUCGAAGGUGUGACGAUGGCACAUUUCCUGCAAAUGACGUCAUCCACCAUGAAGAAAAUGGUUGUCCUGGGACAGGACGCGUCGCCAUUACGUAUGAAAGGCACCCACUACUUGAACACACCUCCAGGCUUUGAAACUAUUUUCAAUGCCAUGAAGGCAUUGCUUAACGAGAAAAACAAGAACAGACUCUUUGUCCACAACAAGAAUUAUGAUGAGUUGUACAAACAUAUCCCACAAGAAGCUUUGCCGGCUGAAUACGGCGGUAAAGCUGGCACUAUGGACGAAAUUACAGACUAUUGGAGGAGUAAGGUGAAGGAGUACAGCUCGUGGCUGGACGAGGAUAUAAAGUAUGGCACGGACGAGUCGAAACGACCUGGCAAGCCCAAGACAGCUGAAGACAUGUUUGGAGUUGAAGGGUCUUUCAGGCAACUUGAAUUUGAUUAAACAAGUUUUUUUUAUAUACUUUCAAUAAAAUUGUUUUUAAAAUUA